AUGGCCAAGCCCCUCAUCUGCUCUCUCUCCACAGUGUCACAGUCGCCUGCGGCCCCCGGGCCCCUGGACAAGCAGCCCAGCACGGCUGUCCUGUGCACCACCUGCGGGAACGUGUGCCGGGGGGAGGUACUACGUGUGCAGAACAAGUACUUCCACAUCCAGUGCUUCAUCUGCAAGGUAUGUGGCUGUGACCUGGCCGAGGGCGGCUUCUUCGUGCGGCAGGAUGAGUACAUCUGCACCCAGGACUACCAGAGGCUCUAUGGCACCCGCUGCUUCAGCUGUGACUGCUUCAUCGAGGGCGAGGUGGUGUCGGCGCUGGGCAGGACCUACCACCCUGACUGCUUCGUGUGUGCCGUGUGCCGGCUGCCCUUUCCACCUGGGGACCGAGUGACCUUCAACGGCAAGGAAUGUCUGUGUCAGAAGUGCUCCCUGCCCGCCUCGCUGGGCAGCAGCACCCACCUGCCCCAGGGCCUCCGCAACUGUGGGGGCUGUGGCGCCGAGAUCCGGAAUGGCCAGUCCCUGCUGGCUCUCGAUGCUCACUGGCACCUGGGCUGCUUCAAGUGCAAGACCUGCGGGAAGCUCCUGAGUGCGGAGUACAUCAGCAAGGACGGGCUGCCCUACUGCGAGGCUGACUACCACGCCAAGUUCGGCAUCCGGUGUGAUGGCUGCGAGAAGUUCAUCACCGGCCGGGUGCUGGAGGCCGGGGAGAAGCAUUACCACCCUUCCUGUGCGCUAUGUGUCAGGUGCGGCCAGAUGUUUGCAGAGAGCGAGGAGAUGUACCUGCAAGGCUCUUCCAUCUGGCAUCCCGCGUGCCGGCAGGUGGCCAGGACUGAGGACAAAGCCAAGGAGACCCGGGCCUCCUCCGAGAGCAUCGUCUCUGUGCCAGCGUCCAGUGCCUCAGGCUCCCCAAGCCGUGUGAUUUACGCCAAGCUUGGUGAUGAGAUCCUGGACUACAGGGACCUGGCCGCCCUGCCCAAGAGCAAGGCCAUCUACAACAUCGACCGUCCCGACAUGAUCUCAUACUCGCCGUACAUCAGCCAUGCUGUGGGUGACCAGCAGAGCUACAGUGAGGGGGACCAGGACGACCGGUCCUACAAGGCCUGCCGGACCUCCAGCCCCAGCUCCGCAGGCUCGGUCAGCCUGGGGCGCUACACCCCACCAUCAAGGUCCCCGCAGCACUGCAGUCGUCCAGCUGGUACUGCGGGUGUUGGUACCAGCAGCUGCCUCUCCCUGUCCCAACACCCAAGCCCUACCUCCGUUUUCCGACACCAUUACAUGCCCUACUUCCGAGGUAGUGAAAGCGGCCGCAGCACGCCCAGCCUCUCCAUGCUCUCGGACAGCCGGCCUCCUCCCUCCACCUACCAGCAGGCCCCGCGCCAUUUCCACGUCCCAGACACUGGCGUCAAGGAUAACAUCUACAGGAAGCCCCCAAUCUACAAGCAGCAUGCGGCCAGGCGACUGGACAGCGAGGAUGGAGGCUUUGACCAGGACAACAGGAAGAAGACCAACUGGCUGUUCCUAAAGGGAGAUGCGGACACCAGGACGAACUCCCCGGACCUGGACAGCCAGUCCUUGUCCUACAGCAGUGGGAUGGAGCGGGACCCCCUCCAGAGGAUGGCCGGCGAUGCCUUCUGCCCGCGAUUCCCCUGUUCCAAAUCUGACUCUCUCCCCCGGCAUGGGAAGAACAGCCUGGACCACCAGAACGCGAACCUGGUCCCCCUUGGAGCAGACCCGGACUCCACUUGGGGCACUCGAGAAUACAAGAUCUACCCUUAUGAUGCCCUCAUUGUCACCAACCGGAUUCGUGUGAAGCUACCCAAAGAUGUGGACCGGACACGCCUGGAGAGACACUUGUCCCCCGAGGAGUUCCAGGAGGUGUUUGGGAUGAGCGUGGACGCGUUUGACCGCCUGGCCCUCUGGAAGAGAAACGACCUGAAGAAGAAGGCUCUGCUAUUCUGA